UGUGAACGCGACUUGGAAAUGGUCGAUUUUCCUGUUCACUGUUCUCCAUUCGUUGAUAGUGCGUUAAUUUUGUUAUAAUCCGCGAUCUGUUUUAAUUAUUAUUGUUUCUUAUUAUAAGUUAUUAUUAUUUUUUAUAUAAGCAUUUGAUGUUUUGUCUCAACUGUUGGAAAUUGGAUAUUUCUGCAUAAAACGACUAGGUGGUACUUUUGCGUUUAGACGGGAGCCAUCUUGCAAUCUCUAAUCAAAGGUCCUUGGCUCGCAGUUUCGUUGUCUAGUUGAAAGUCGAUAUAAUCCAUCAUAAAAUAAUCAAAUGGCGUUAAAACGAAUUAAUAGGGAAUUACAAGACCUUGGCAGAGACCCACCAGCACAAUGUUCUGCAGGACCACACGGAGAAGAUCUUUUUCACUGGCAAGCCACAAUUAUGGGUCCAGUAGACAGCCCUUACCAAGGAGGCGUAUUUUUCCUGACCAUACAUUUCCCAACAGAUUACCCAUUCAAACCACCAAAAGUUGCAUUCACAACACGUAUCUACCAUCCCAACAUAAACAGUAAUGGUUCUAUUUGUCUUGAUAUUCUCCGUUCACAGUGGUCACCAGCGCUAACCAUAUCCAAAGUGUUGCUCUCAAUCUGCUCACUGCUAUGCGAUCCAAACCCAGAUGAUCCUUUGGUGCCAGAAAUUGCUAGGAUCUACAAAACGGACAGAGAAAAGUACAAUGAACUAGCCCGUGAGUGGACAAGGAAGUAUGCCAUGUGAUGAGUCAGUUGUGACGUCAGCAACACAUACACACAUCGCCACAGCCCGGGCUCUACCCCCUUCCUCUUGUACCCGCUCCCCCCAUCCUUUGAAAUUCCCGUCAGUGUCCUAAAUUACUGAAAUUUGUAAAAAAAAUGUUCAAUUAGGAUCAGCCUAACUUAUGUAAUUUCUGGUAAUAAAUAAACUGCAAAUUAAUGCAUCUAAGUAAAUACACAUGUGCAAAUAUAGUUCUGUUCUAUCUAAAUAAGAAACGUUUUCUAUAAGCAAAAUUUUUUUUCUGUUUAACAUUGAUGUGUCAGUAGUUGUCUUUACACUCAUUUAGUUGGAGAUUAGUUAAAUUGACAUAAUUUGAAUUCAUGUAAUUCCUAAAGAAUUUGUACUUUAACUAGAUCUAAAAAUUGCAUUGUGAAAUUGUACAAUAGCCAUAUGUUUAGGUAAAUGGAGCGUUCCUUGGCUUACCACUGUCCGGUUCACUUAGGAAUUUUGUCAAUGAAAUGUUAAGUAAAGCUCAUAAGUGUUAAGAACAUUUUGGGUAAUGUAAGUAAGUGGUAUUACAAAAUGAGCUCGUUGACGGAGUUGAGUGAGUGUUAAUUUUUUUUUUUACUAGAAAACAACUUUAAGUUAGUUAAUGUAGCGCGCUACAGAAUCGACUGACAAUGAUUGAAGCGGUCAGUUUUCUUUCAUCCACAAUAUUUUACUAUGAUGGAAAACGCUCCAAUAGUUGCAAAUGUCAGUAUAAAUUACAGUGUAUCUCAUAAGAAUAUAAGUUACGAUUAAUCUAGAUUUUUUUUAAUAUGCCCACUCUUAUUAUAAUUUUAUCUAAUAUAUAUUGUGGUUGUAAGGA